GGAAUCGGGUGGAUCAACAGCCAUCCCAUUGCCCCCUUUGUUGGGGGUGCUGAGAGUGGGGAAGCAUGGAGGACAGUAAGAAUGAGACCAUGAAUCACGCUCACGUCCUCUUUGACCGGUUUGUGCAGGCCACCACCUGCAAGGGAACCCUUAAGGCCUUCCAAGAGCUAUGUGACCACCUAGAACUGAAGCCUAAGGACUACCGCUCCUUUUAUCACAAGCUCAAGUCCAAGCUUAACUACUGGAAAGCCAAAGCCCUGUGGGCAAAGUUGGACAAGCGGGGCAGCCACAAAGACUACAAAAAGGGAAAAGCAUGCACUAACACCAAGUGUCUCAUCAUUGGAGCUGGCCCCUGUGGUCUCCGUACAGCCAUUGACUUAUCCUUAUUGGGAGCUAAAGUGGUUGUUAUUGAGAAACGAGAUGCCUUCUCCCGCAACAAUGUCUUGCAUCUCUGGCCAUUCACCAUACAUGAUCUACGAGGUCUGGGUGCCAAGAAGUUCUAUGGCAAGUUCUGUGCUGGAGCUAUUGACCAUAUCAGUAUCCGUCAGCUUCAGCUAAUACUUUUGAAAGUAGCCUUGAUCCUAGGCAUUGAGAUCCAUGUCAAUGUGGAAUUCCAAGGCCUUGUACAGCCUCCUGAGGACCAAGAAAAUGAACGGAUAGGUUGGCGGGCACUUGUCCACCCCAAAACCCAUCCUGUAUCAGAAUAUGAAUUUGAAGUGAUCAUCGGAGGGGAUGGCCGUAGGAACACCUUGGAAGGAUUUCGCCGGAAAGAAUUUCGUGGCAAAUUGGCAAUUGCCAUUACAGCAAAUUUUAUUAACCGAAAUACAACAGCAGAAGCCAAAGUGGAAGAGAUCAGUGGUGUGGCUUUUAUUUUCAACCAAAAAUUUUUCCAGGAACUGAGAGAAGCCACAGGUAUCGACUUGGAGAAUAUUGUCUACUACAAAGAUGAUACACACUAUUUUGUUAUGACAGCCAAAAAGCAGAGUUUGCUAGACAAAGGGGUGAUACUGCAUGACUAUGCCGACACAGAGCUCUUGCUUUCCCGGGAGAACGUGGACCAAGAGGCUCUGCUGAACUAUGCCAGGGAGGCAGCGGACUUCUCCACUCAGCAGCAGCUGCCGUCUCUAGAUUUUGCCAUCAAUCACUAUGGGCAGCCUGACGUGGCCAUGUUCGACUUCACUUGUAUGUACGCCUCUGAGAAUGCUGCCUUGGUGCGGGAGCAGAAUGGACACCAGUUGUUAGUGGCUCUGGUUGGGGACAGCCUCCUAGAGCCUUUUUGGCCAAUGGGAACAGGAAUAGCCCGGGGCUUCCUAGCUGCUAUGGACUCUGCCUGGAUGGUACGAAGUUGGUCUCUAGGAACAAGCCCCUUGGAAGUCCUGGCUGAGAGGGAAAGUAUUUAUAGGUUGCUGCCUCAGACCACCCCUGAGAAUGUCAGUAAGAACUUCAGCCAAUACAGCAUAGACCCUGUCACCAGAUAUCCCAAUAUUAACAUCAACUUCCUCCGUCCAAGCCAGGUGCGUCAUUUAUAUGAUACUGGAGAAACAAAAGAUAUUCAUCUGGAAAUGGAGAACCUAGUGAAUUCCCGAACUACCCCAAAGUUGACUCGUAAUGAGUCUGUAGCUCGUUCAAGCAAACUACUGGGUUGGUGCCAAAGGCAGACAGAUGGCUAUGCAGGGGUAAAUGUGACAGAUCUCACCAUGUCCUGGAAAAGUGGACUGGCUCUGUGUGCGAUCAUCCAUAGAUACCGCCCUGAUCUGAUAGAUUUUGACUCUUUGGAUGAGCAAAAUGUGGAGAAGAAUAACCAGCUGGCCUUUGAUAUUGCUGAGAAAGAACUGGGCAUCUCUCCCAUCAUGACAGGCAAAGAAAUGGCCUCAGUGGGGGAGCCUGACAAGCUGACUAUGGUGAUGUACCUGACUCAGUUCUACGAGAUGUUCAAGGACUCACUCCCCUCCAGUGAUGCCUUGGACCUGAAUGCUGAGGAGAAAGCAGUCCUUAUAGCUAGCACCAAAUCUCCCAUCUCCUUCCUAAGCAAACUUGGGCAGACCAUCUCUCGGAAACGUUCUCCCAAGGAUAAAAAGGAAAAGGACUUGGAUGGUGCUGGAAAGAGGAGAAAGACCAGUCAAUCGGAAGAGGAGGAAGCACCCCGGGGCUACAGAGGAGGAAGGCCCACACUGGUGAGCACUCUGACAGACAGGAGGAUGGAUGUGGCCCUUGGCAAUCAGAACAAAGUGAAAUACAUGGCAACCCAGCUGCUGGCCAAAUUUGAAGAGAAUGCACCUCCACAGUCCACUGGCAUGAGGAGACAGGGCUCGAUAAAGAAGGAGUUCCCACAGAACUUAGGAGGCAGCGACACGUGCUACUUCUGUCAGAAGCGGGUCUACGUGAUGGAGAGACUGAGUGCUGAGGGCAAGUUCUUCCAUCGGAGCUGCUUCAAAUGCGAGUACUGCGCCACUACCCUGCGCCUCUCGGCUUAUGCCUACGACAUCGAGGAUGGUAAAUUCUACUGCAAACCACACUACUGUUAUCGACUCUCCGGCUCCGCACAGAGGAAGAGACCGGCAGUGGCUCCUCUGUCUGGCAAGGAGGCCAGAGAACCCCUGCAGGAUGGCCCCACUGUGGACACAAAUGGACGGGCCAGCGCCGUUGCCAGCCCUGCUGAGAGAACCCCAGGUUCAAGUGUGAAUGGCCUGGAAGAGCCUAGCAUUGCUAAGAGACUCAGGGGUACUCCUGAAAGGAUUGAGCUGGAGAACUACCGCCUGUCUGUGAAACAGGCAGAGGAGCUGGAGGAGGUGCCCGAGGAGACGCAGGCUGAGCACAACCUGAGCAGCGUGCUGGACAAAGGCGCAGAGGAGGACGUGGCCAGCAGCAGUUCUGAGUCCGAGAUGGAGGAAGAGGAGGAGGAGGAAGAGGAGCCUCUGCCCACCUCCGACCUGGGCGGUGUUCCUUGGAAGGAGGCUGUGAGGAUCCAUGCCCUUCUGAAAGGAAAGAGUGAAGAGGAGCUGGAGGCCUCAAAGAGCUACGAGCCUGGGAAUGAAGAGGAGGAAGAGGAAGAGUAUGAGGAGGAGGAGGAGGAGGAAGAGGAAGAAUAUGAGGAGGAAGAGGAAGAGUCUAGUGAAGUCGGGAGCCAGAGGCUACAGCAGAUCAUAAAUCCAGCCGACCCCUUGGAGAUCCAGGCUGAUGUGCACUGGACACAUAUUCGAGAGAAAGAGGAGGAGGAGGAGCGAAUGGUACCAACCUCUGAGUCCUCCACUUCUAGAGUCCCAUUUGAUGAGAAUGACCUGGAGGAAGAUGUGGACUCGGAGCCGGCAGAGAUAGAAGGGGAGGCAGCGGAGAAUGGGGACACAGGGGACACUGGUGCUGAGCUGGAUGAUGAUCAGCACUGGUCUGAUGAUAUCCCAUCAGAUGCCGAAACAGAGCUUCGCAUGCAGCACCAGGCAGCAGUGGAGGCGGAGCUGGAGCUGAGGGUAUCGGAAAAUGAGGAGGAGCAACCUGCCACCACACCAGGGCACCAGGAGAGAGGUCCCGCCCAAGUCCCCAGCCCUCCCCGAUCCCCUGAGGAGCAGGCUGGUCUGCUCUCCCCAGGCCACAGCCCUGAGGCAGAGGGGGCCCGAAUCCCACUUGCCUCUGUUGCUACCAAGGUGAAAUUGCCCAAGGAGAGCCUUUUCCCUGAGCCUUUGCUCCCCAAAGAAAAGCCCAAAGAAGAAGUGCCCAGUGAUGAGAGAGCUGUGCACUCUCCUAUCCGAUCACAGCCAGUGGCUCUGCCAGAAGCCAGGACACCUACCUCCCCAGUUAGUUCACAGCACCUGUCACCGCUGGCCACCUCUACCCCCACCACUACCCAGCUCCCCAUUUGCUCCCAACCCCAGCCUUCCUCUGAGGCCACUGUCCCGUCCCCCACCAAGUCCCCCAUAUGCUUCCAGCCCAUUCCAGCCAAAACACCCAUCCCCCUGGCUCCCCUCCCCUUGAAGACCCAAGGGGACACCAAGGACAGAUUGGGCAGCCCUCUUGCUGUGGAUGAAGCCCUGAAGCGGAAUGACCUGGUGGCAGAGUUCUGGAUGAAGAGUGCCGAGAUCCGCCGUAGCCUCGGACUCACACCCGUGGAUCGGAGCAAGGUGUCCGAGUCCAGCUUCCCCUCCCCGGCCUUUAAACCAGUGUCCCUAAAAUCCUAUUCAGUUGAGAAGUCUCCUCAGGGUGAGGGGCUCCAGCUUCUAAAACCUCCACCUAUUCCUAAGAGGCUGGGCCUGCCGAAGUCAGAUGGCGACCAGCCCUCGCUGCCAACCCCCAAGUCCCCAUCUGACAGAGAGCUGAAAAGCUCCCAUGAGGAGAGGAGAGACCUGUCGAGCAGCUCUGGGUUGGGCCUUCAUGGGAGCUCCUCCAAUAUGAAGACUUUGGGCAGCCAGAGCUUCAACACCUCUGACUCCACCAUGCUCACUCCUCCUUCAAGCCCACCCCCACCCCCACCCCAGGAUGAGGAGCCCGCAACUCUUCGAAGGAAGCCAUAUCAGAUUUAUGAGCAUAAGGAGACCGAGCCCAAGGCCUCAGUAAUCCCACCCCCACCACCUGCAUCCUUUAUGAGGGCCCCCCGAGAGCCUGCCCAGCCCCCUCGAGAGGAGGUGCGGAAGUCGUUUGUGGAGAGUGUGGAUGAGAUCCCCUUUGCUGAUGACGUGGAGGACACCUAUGAUGACAAGACAGAGGACUCGAGUCUGCAGGAGAAGUUCUUCACACCCCCCUCUUGCUGGUCCCGCACCGAGAGGUCCCUCCAUCCACCCCUAACCAAGGAGAAUGGUAGGUUGCCUACUCUGGAGAGUGGGGUCCAGCCACAGAAGAGGGUCCUGCCCUUAGUCUCUCCAGAAGCCAAGGAGCUGGCUGAGGAGCGCAUGCGAGCCAGGGAGAAGUCUGUGAAGAGCCAGGCGUUGAGAGACGCUAUGGCCAAGCAGCUGAGUAGGAUGAAGGAGAUGGAGAUGGCGGCUGGGACCUCCAGGCCCCCAGGAGGCACCUCCCGCAAAGCCUCCUCAGUUCCCUCCAAGGGCAAAGAACUUGGCUUCGAGUCCCCUAAACGCCCAGUUCUCAAAGGCCCCAGGGAGCCCACCCUGAAGCAUGAAGCCACUAGUGAGGAGGUCCUCUCCCCUCCGUCGGACUCAGGGGGCCCAGAUGGUUCAGUCACCUCAUCCGAGGGCUCCAGUGGGAAGAGCAAGAAGAGAUCGUCACUCUUCUCCCCCCGCAGAAACAAGAAAGAGAAGAAGUCCAAAGGUGAGGGCCGGCCCCCAGAGAAGCCCAGCCCAAACCUCCUGGAGGAAGCAGCCGCCAAACCCAAGUCCUUGUGGAAGUCAGUCUUUUCUGGGUAUAAGAAGGACAAGAAGAAGAAGGGUGAUGACAAGUCCUGUUCCAGCACCCCUUCCAGCGGUGCCACUGUGGACUCUGGCAAACACAGGAUGUCUCCUGUCGUGAGAACAGAGCUGCAGCUGCGGCGCCAGUUGAGUUUCUCAGAGGAUUCUGACCUCUCCAGUGACGACAUCCUUGAGAGGUCCUCCCAGAAGUCCAGGCGAGAGCCAAGAACUUACACAGAGGAGGAACUGAACGCCAAGCUGACCCGGCGUGUGCAGAAGGCAGCUAGGAGGCAGGCCAAGCAAGAGGAACUGAAGCGGCUACACCGAGCUCAGAUUAUCCAGCGGCAGCUGGAGCAGGUGGAGGAGAAGCAGAGGCAGCUGGAGGAAAGAGGGGUUGCUGUGGAGAAGGCACUCCGUGGUGAAGCAGGCAUGGGCAAGAAAGAUGACCCCAAGCUGAUGCAGGAGUGGUUCAAGUUGGUGCAAGAGAAAAAUGCCAUGGUGCGCUACGAGUCAGAGCUGAUGAUUUUUGCCCGGGAGCUGGAACUUGAAGACCGGCAGAGCCGACUGCAGCAGGAACUUCGGGAGCGGAUGGCUGUGGAAGAUCACCUGAAAACCGAGGAGGAGUUGUCAGAGGAGAAGAAGAUCUUGAACGAGAUGCUGGAGGUGGUGGAGCAGAGAGAUGCCCUCGUGGCCCUGCUAGAGGAGCAGCGGCUCCGGGAAAAAGAGGAGGACAAAGACCUGGAGGCCGUCAUGCUGUCUAAAGGCUUCAGCCUGAACUGGUCCUGA